AACGAAUAAUAUACCAUCCCUUAGUUCUUCGCUCAACAGAAAGGAUCGCAGCUUUGAAUCGGAAACCUCAGACCAAGCAGUAGCAGCAGCAGAUCAACGACAAUGGAGUGCGUGUUCGGGUUAGUCGGGAACGAUUACGCAAUAGUGGUGGCAGAUACCUCCGCCGUGCACAGCAUCUUGGUUCACAAAUCCAACGAGGACAAGAUCAUGGUCCUCGACUCCCACAAGCUCGUCGCCGCCAGCGGCGAGCCCGGCGACAGGUUCAUGAUUUCAGCUCACUGCGUUCAUUUUCCGAGUUCAAUUCACCGAGUAUAUCCAGAAGAAUGUGGCUUUGUAUCAAUUCAGGAACGGGAUCCCUCUGACAACAGCGGCUGCAGCCAAUUUUACUCGGGGAGAGCUGGCUACUGCUUUGAGAAAGCAGAACCCAUACCAAGUGAACGUGUUGAUGGCCGGGUAUGACAAGGAGAUUGGUCCUUCUUUGUACUACAUCGACUACAUUGCUACCCUUCACAAGGUCGACAGAGGAGCAUUUGGGUAUGGCUCCUACUUCUGUCUGGCCAUGAUGGACAGACACUACCACAGUGGCAUGACCGUGGAGGAAGCAAUUGACCUGGUGGAUAAGUGCAUCCUGGAGAUCCGGUCGAGAUUGGUCGUGGCACCACCAAACUUUGUGAUUAAGAUCGUUGACAAGGAUGGUGCAAGGGAGUAUGCCUGGCGCGAGUCGGUUAAGCCUGAUGCAGCUUAAAUGAGAGCUCACAACUUUAUGUUGUUGUUUCUGCACCUCUCUACUGUGUUUUUAGCUGGCUCAGCUUGUAUGGAUUACCAUGGAAUUCUCAGAUUUGGUUACAAAGAUAAUUAUCUUCAAGCUUUUAACGAUUUAUUAAUGGAGCUUUAAUUUUCUUUUUGCAUAUAAUUUCAACUUGGGUUAGAGCAGAAACGUCGAUGUUUAAUUUCUGGCUCCUAGAG